GGCGGCCGGUGCCCCCGGUGGUGACGUCAGGCCGCUCGCCGUGACGCCUGCGCUCAGCGCGGAGCGGAACCGGCCUGCCCGGGGAGGGACCCGCGCUCCGUGAGGGAAGCGAGCUGGCGGCCGGGAGGAGACCAAAAUCAUCACGAGUUGGUGGUGGCCUGGCACACUUAGUACCACGUGCUUUUUUGAUUAUCACUCAUCCAGAAGGAUUUAAUAGACCUCAGUGAGGCCAAGGUUUAUGGAUUAUUUUGAAGAUGGGCAAGGUCUGUGCUGUUUUUGGAGGAUCCCGUGGGAUAGGCAGAGCUGUGGCAGAGCUCCUGGCGCAGAAGGGCUGCCGCCUGGCCAUCAUUGCUAGGAACCUGGAGGUGGCCCAAAGCACUGCCCGUGACCUUGGUGCAGGACAUCUGGCACUUAGCUGUGAUGUAUCCAGUGAAAAAGAAGUCCAGAAGGCUUUUGAGGAGAUGCAGAGGAAUUUGGGUCCUAUUAACUACUUGGUUAAUGCAGCUGGGAUCAACAGAGAUGGUUUGCUACUGAGAACCAAGACUGAAGAUAUGAUAGCCCAGAUUCACACUAACCUUUUGGGAACAAUGCUGACAUGCAAGGCUGCUCUAAAGGUCAUGAUUCAACAGCAGGGAGGUGCUAUUGUCAAUAUUGGGAGUAUUGUAGGACUUAAAGGCAACUCUGGUCAAAGUGUGUAUAGUGCUACCAAAGCAGGAUUAGUUGGAUUUUCACGCUCUCUUGCUAAAGAAGUAGCAAAAAAGCAAAUUCGAGUCAACGUUGUUGCUCCAGGCUUUAUUCACACAGAGAUGACAGCUCAUUUGGAAGAAGAUCAGUUGAAGAAAGCAAUUCUCCUUGGAAGAUUUGGAGAGCCUCAUGAAGUUGCACAAGCUGUUGUCUUUCUUCUAGAAGCCUCAUAUAUUACAGGGAGUGUUCUGGUUGUAGAUGGAGGCUUGCAGCUUAUGACCUAAGUACUGCCUUGGAUAAAUGACUGCUUUAAUGUCAUGAUGGUCAUAUAUAAAUAUGUAUUAAAUAAAGGGAGAGGGUUGGAAAUCAUUUGAAGAUUGAUGUACAUAAUUGGCUUGGUCUUUUUUAGUCAGAGGAGAAAUUCAGCAGCAGUGAAGUGCAGCGUGUGUGUUUAGCUGCCUGAAAGAGUCUGUUUGGUGUUGCAAAGUCUGUGUAUGAAACAAUUUGAAAAAGAUCUGGUUUUGAUACAGUGAUAGCUUUAAUAAUGUGCUGAUGUGUUUUUAAAGCACUGUAUUUUUAUAAAGUCCUGUUUGUUAAUUUGGGAGAGAAUGCGAUUUUAUUUGAAUUAUCAUGUUACACAAAGGUUAAUAAAGUGCAAAGACAUGUUUA